CAUCAUCACUAUCGGACAGAAGGAGAGCAUAGCAAAAAUGCUCGUCCAUCGAGCCCAUGAUGGUCACUCUUUCGACCUGGCUCGAACAUAUUCACAAUUUCAAUCCAAAGAGCAUUUAUUCGAAGUGAUCUCAGAAAUGACAGGGAUACCGGUUGAGGACCUAAUUUGUAUGACAAAAGAUGGAUUUCAAGUAAAUGAUGAAAGGUUUGAACAGAUACAAGAGGAGGAAGAAAGAUCUCUUUCUAGUAGCGUUCGAAGAGAUAUCCCAACGGAGCUGUACAUCUUCAAUCGUCAAUACUUAUACGUCGACGAUCUAGAACCUUUGAUAAACGAAUUGGAGGAAGCAGUGCCACUUCGGCCACCGGUACAUGAACCAGAACUGCAAUUGCCAAUUACACCUCGAAUGCUUAAUGCUCUAUUGGAAUGGUGUGCGUUGGUGUUGCAGAAUAUGACUGAGCAUGAUGCCCUAUCAGAGCAAUAUCUAUCGCAGACGCAAAUAAUCGACGAAAGUACUCGUGCAGCAUUCUCAAAUGUGCAGACAUUGGCAGAGAAUACAUAUACUGCAUCAUACGACCUCAAAACCCACCUGGAAAAAGAGCUUACUCGGAUGAAAGGUCUUUUGCAGGAUCAUGACCUCGCUUGGAAAAUAUUCUACAUGGUGCAGAUCCAUCCCAAAUUGCUACCGAAACCCACAACGGAAGGCAAGAGUCGACUAGGAGAUCGUAUCAAUAAGAGAUUUAUCGAAGAAGUUUUUCGAGAAUGCACGGAUGUGUAUGAGAAUUUGACUGACGAAUGGAAAGCCAUGACGACUAAGGACAAUGAAUUGGUUGAAAAUGUCAAUAAAUGGCAGAAUGAGGGACAAAGUACAAGUACUGAACCGGGACAGGAAACUUUUCGAGAAAGCAGACAAGCUCUUACACGAGCUAAUGAGAUACAAGUGUUCUUACAACAGACUUGUUCCCCGGAUGAACAUGGCUGGCCAGCUGCUGAGCGUUUAGCAAAAGAUGAAAAUAUGGUGAGAGCGAUAGAGGAAGCGGUAGGCGAGCUCAUCCUUCUCGACGAGGUUUGUCGUGAUUCGCUCAGGCGCCUCGUGGCUGACAAGAAUGAAAUGGUUCCGCGUGGCUUGGAUCUUCUGCAUAUCAUCAGUGAAUUGCAGUCGGGCUUCACCGAAUUGGAUUCAGAGCUCAGAAAGCUUGAUGAGAGCUUCAAUUCAAAGCGAGCGGAAAACUUCAAGCACAUAACGCGAUUCCAGAAUCUUUUAUUCUGUUAUGGAUCAACAAUGAUUGAAAUCUAUCGAAGAACAGCUUUCGAUAGACAUUUUCUGGGUCGGAGUGAAGCAAUCGCCGAACUGAUGGCCAAUCAUACAGAGAGCGAAAAGAAGCGAAGAUCAGAUUUUCAAAAGCAAGGCGAGUAUUUAUUACCAUGGAAGAUCAAUCGUGAGCUAAAGGAUGACGAAGCACCAAGUCUGGAUAUGUCUACCCGACCAAGGGAGGAGAAUGAACCGCAACUUGUGAUCGAGCAAAAUGAAGUCGAAGAGCUAUUUCAGAUGCUUGAUGAAAUAGAAGCUUCUUUAGACUUGCAGAAUGAAUCGAACCCCAUUGCUGAGGCAAGAUCACUCCUUCGCACUCUAUUCGAUGAAGCAAAGGACUUUGAAGCUAACUUUGCUAGAUUGGUCGAGAUAAGCCUUCUAGAUGGACAAGACGAUGCAGAAAGCGAAGAUGCAACAGAGCAAAAUGGAGCACGACCGCGAGUUGCAACCCGAAAGCUAGAGCAGGAAAAGCAUAGGCUUGAACAAGAGCUUCAAGAUCUGAAGAUUGAGCAUGGGAAGAGAGAACGUACACUUGCAGAAGCUCGGGAUCAGGAAUUGCAAUCUGUACAAGCAGAGCUCAGCAAAAUCAAGCAUGAGCUCAGAAAUGCAGAGCAUGCCCUAGACCAGGAAAGAACGCAACAUGAAGAAACAAAGAAAGACUUGGACGCUGUCAAGGCUGAUGCAGAUACGGAAUCAGCUCGUCGUCAUAAUAUGCAAGAUGAACUGACAAGGCUGCGAAGGGAGGUGGAAGAUGCACGAAGGGCAGAAAAAGAUGCAAAAGUGGAGAUUGCUGAAGAAUUUGAUCGUUUGAAUGAGCUAGAAGCACAUCUUAAUGAUGCUCGAGUUGAAUUGGAAGAAGUACGCUCUGCUCGCGAUGAUGCAAGCAAACGAUUAGAAGCACUUUUGAACAAAGGUACUUCAUUCGAAGGUGAAUUACGCAUUGCUCAAGAUCGCAUUGCUGAAUUGACGCAUCAAUUAAGCGUUGCUAGGUCGGAAACUCGUACAGUGCAAAUUGCUUUGACCGAAGCAGAAAGUGCUCGUGAUAAAGCCCUUCGAUCUUACCGUGCUGAAGCCGAUGGCGAUCGAGCAAUCUUGGAAGAGACUCUUCGAAACAAAGAAACAGAAUUGCGGGAAGCAGAAGAUUUGCUAAGAAGGCGUGAUAAUGAAUCGACGGAACACACAGAUAGCAUCAAGAAUUUGCAAAGUCAAUUAUCAGCUGCAGAUGAAGCACACGAAGACCUUGUACGACAAUAUGAGACCGCAAAAGAAUCAUCAUUGAAUGCAGAAAUGGCAAAACGACAAAUCGAGCGAAAUUUGGAUGCUGUUGUGGAGAAAGUUCGCAUUUUGAUGACCAAAUCGAUUUCCUUAUCAGAUGCAAUGGAAAGGAUGCCUAUUCUCUCAUCUGGAAGUUCAUCAAAGAAUGGAACCAAGCUGGCUGCUGAGACCAUCGAUGAAAUUGAUGAGAAGAGUGACAAGGCGAGAAGAGUUGCGCUAGAGUCGUUCAAGAAUGGCGCAGAUGACAUUGCACUUGAAGUCUUGCUCGAUGUCCUUGGCUGGCUCACAAAAAAUUCUGCAGAAGAUAAGGCGGUCAUCAAGAUGGAGUCCCAGAUCACCCAAUGCAAGAAAUGGAUGAAAGCUUAUAAGCACAUCAAUGAAAAAGGUCAGAAACAACAACUUGUACUUCGAGAGAAGAUCACCUUCCGUCACUUUGCAGUCGGCGAUCUUGCCCUGUUCUUGCCAACAAGGAGUAAUGCCUUACCCCAACAAAAUGGCCAAGAUACAAACGGAACAGGAAGAGAUAGUUCCAAUGCCUUCUCAAAUGUGAAACCUUGGGCUGCAUUUAACAUCAAUUUCCCUCAUUUCUUCCUCAACUUUGGCGGCAAAGCUGAGAAUGAACAAUUACGUGACAGUCUGCGCACUAAAGAAUGGAUCGUUGCUCGUAUUACAAAAAUUGAAAGUAAGACAGCAAACUCUUCCGUACCCGAUGGAAAUCCAUUCCAACUGGCAGAUGGCGUCAAGUUCUAUCUUUUGGAUGUGGAAAGUUGGAACGCUGCAAACUCAAGCAUUGUACCUAGCAUUCCACGAAGAAAGAGUACGUCAACGACGGUUACGACGGCAGACAAGAGUGCUCAAGUGCCACCAUCUUUGCGUAGAUGGGGUAGUACGCCUGACACUCAUGCCGAUGCAAGCAUGAAAGAGAUUGUGGAAGAUGAUCGUACAGAAGUCAAGGCUAAUGCCACCGUUGAGUCGAUUUCCGAAAGCCCUAUAAAAGCAAGACUGAGCCCAACGAACAGAUACACUCGCAUAACGAAUCGUACAAGUGGCGCAUUUGCUCGUCCAAGUGAAACACCGACGGUAAAGGAAGCAAGCGCACCAAAGGAGAACAAGUCAGAGCCAAAGCCGAUCAAACCUAAUAAGACUUUAUUGCAAGCUUCUGAGAGAGCUUUUGAUCCAUUUUCUGCUAGCCCAGCUCCUGGUACCCCAGGUGAGUCAGGCGGAAUGAAUGAAUACUUAUUACGAAGGAAUGGAACUGCAAGUCGUGAACCAUCAGGACUUUCUGCAGGAAGCGAGAAAGGCAAAAUGAAAGAAACCGAAAGACCGAUGAAGAUCAGGUCAAGGCCUGCUGCGAUUGCCUCUGCACGAAUUCGAGCACCUUCUGCGGCUACACCAACGAUGGAAGUUGCACAAGGUUUGAAUUCGUUCGGUCAUGCUGCACAAAUUUCUGAAGAUGGAAUUGGGCCUUCAACAUCUUCUUUCAGCGGUGGAUCUCAAAGGACAGGUAGUGGCUUUAGUUUGCCUGCUGCAGGAGGUGGUAGCAAUUUCUCAAUCGAUUCUCGAUCGCCUUCACGUAAGAAUGCAUCCAGCACAAGCUUAGUCUCCGCUCCUUCUCCAGCACUGAACAGAAGGUCAAUUUUUGGUUCAGGAUGGACAUUAGGCAGGAAAUCGGGCUCGCAAACACUCAACUCUUCCGGUGAGGCUGGAAAUAGUUUUGAUGAACAAGAAGAUCUAUCGGCCACUGUAACGGACGCAACACGUAGUUUGAGGCGAUUGACCAGUUAUGGUAGCAAGCGAUGAGAAGCUCUCUAUUUAAUUUUGUAUUUUAUAGCGAUUCACUGUAAUUUAUUGCAUGUUGUUAGUAUCGAUACUGCAUUCGCUUUAUCUCACAAGCAGAAAUGCGUGAAG